GAGAAAAAAAACAAAACAAUAAUAAAUAAAAAAUCAGAGCGAUAUAUCCAAUUCCACAUCUCUCUCUCUCUCUCUCUCUCGCCAGAUUUCAAUCAUCGUCCUGAUCUCAUCCUCAGAUCCAAAUCGCAAGCUUCGACAUGUCUACCUUCAGCGGCGAUGAAACAGCUCCCUUCUUCGGCUUCCUCGGCGCUGCAGCCGCACUCGUCUUCUCCUGUAUGGGAGCUGCUUAUGGAACCGCAAAGAGUGGUGUUGGUGUGGCGUCCAUGGGAGUCAUGAGGCCCGAGCUCGUGAUGAAGUCCAUUGUCCCCGUUGUUAUGGCUGGUGUGUUGGGUAUUUACGGUUUGAUUAUUGCUGUUAUCAUCAGUACCGGGAUUAACCCCAAGGCCAAGUCUUACUACCUCUUUGAUGGAUACGCUCACCUCUCCUCCGGUCUUGCUUGUGGUCUUGCUGGUCUUUCUGCUGGUAUGGCCAUUGGGAUUGUCGGUGAUGCCGGUGUCAGGGCAAAUGCUCAGCAGCCUAAGCUCUUUGUCGGGAUGAUUCUUAUCCUUAUCUUCGCUGAAGCGCUUGCUCUUUACGGGCUUAUCGUAGGAAUCAUCCUCUCCUCAAGAGCUGGCCAGUCUAGAGCUGAAUGAGAAAUGUAACCCACAAGAUUUUCCCCCAAGGUACUUUAUUUUCUGUGUGUUUUGUUCUAUCGUUCUUUAGUAUGUAUCAUCGGGAAACUAAAAAAAUUAUUGGACGCUCUCCCAUUUCUCUCUCGGUGGUUGCUCUCCGAUGUAGGGAUCUUUAUUAUUUGGUUCUGUAAUAAAGAGCUCUGAUGGAGCUUGGUAUGUUUUUUGUAUUCUUGUAUUGUCCUGGGGAAGUUAAAUACAUUUAUUUGUAAAGAAGUUUGCUUUCUGAAACC